AUUACUGUGACAUUUACCUCAACGCAGACAUGAAAGCGAUGUGAACUAACCAAGUACACAUUUCGACCCUCGAACGACUUUGGAAGGAAAGAGAAAGAAAAGACCUAAAAAGAAUCAGAAUGAAAAGACAAUAAGAGAGAAAUCAAGAGAAAAAAAAAUCAAAUACGAAAAAAAAAUCCACCUCCCCCUCCAAAAAAAAGUAGAAAGACCAUACGAAAUUCGAAAGCAAAAAAACAAAUCCCAUCCCUUUCUUUUUUCUUCUCUCUCCCUCUUUCCAUAUUCCCCUUCCAUUUCGAUUUUGACUUUCCCGAAGGAUGGAGUCGCCAGCAGAGCCCCCAGAACCCGUCCCGUCGGCGUCCCCUUCGCCCUCGCCCCCCACCUCGCCCACGACACCUGAUGAAGUCAAAUUCAAGAGCAUGUUGCAGGUGCUCUUGAAGACGAAACAGGAGGAAGAACUCUCCAAGAAUAUCGAGUACAAGGAGAAACGCGAAGAGGAGGAAGAGGGAGAGGAAGAGGAAGAUGGAAGGAAUAAUGAGAGAGAAAAAGAGGAAAGCAGUAAGAACGCGGUAAAUGAAAAGGGAGAGAAUAAGAAAAAGAAUGAUAAACCAAGCAAGGACGAGGAAGAAACGAGUGAAAGCAAGAAAAAGAAAGAAACAAAAAUGAAGGAGAAACACAAAGAGGAGGUAAACAGAGAUAAGGAAGUAAAGAAAAGCAAGGAAACCGGAACCAAGGAAGAAAACAAGAAUAAGGAAAAUAGAGAAAAGGAAGAGCUAGAGACCAAAGAAAAGAAAGACAAGGAAGAAAAUGAAAAGAAGCAAAAGAGACCGAGAGAAUCAAACAAUAACAAAGAAGAGGGAGAGAGGAAAUCCAAGAAAGAAGACAUAGAAAGCAAAGCCAAAGAAUUAACUAAGAACAAGAAAGACCAAUCAAAGGAAACCAAAGAAGAGCUAAAAGAAAAGGACAAAGCAAAGAAGAAGGAAGAAAAGACGAAAGAAAAGGACACGAAGAAGAAGGAAGAAGAAAAAACGAAGGAGAAACGAGAGGUCAACCUCCCGAAGAUCGAAGUCGACGAGGUCACCUCAGGUCAAAGGUCGGACGCAGCGGACCAAGGUCGACCUCCAUCCACCAGCUCGUCCUCCACUUCCUCGCCCGCUCGCUCGACCUUGACCCCGCACCCUAGCUCGUCCUCGACCAAGGCCAAGGGCAACGAGGGAGGGAGAGCGGAGGGGAUCCUGCACAAGAAAGGAAAGUACCCGCCAGGCAAACUCCACGCGCAGAUAUGGAAUAGAAAUUCUGUUCUCAAGACACAAAUGAUAGUUUUAAAAGGUUAG